ACCCCGCACCGCCAAUGGCCUGCUGCGCCGGCGCAGCAUGCUCCAGGCCCAGCCCUCCCUCGACGACUGUGCGCUGAGCGCAUGCGCCUUGAGAGGCCGGUUGGGGAGACAUGGAGAACUGUUUGGCGGCCGCGGCGCUGAACGGGGUAGACCGACGUUCCCUGCAACGCUCGGCUAGGCUGGGUCAAGAAGUGCUGGAGCGGGCCAAAAGGAGGGCGGUGGACUGGCAUUCGGUGGAGCUUCCCAAAGGCAGCGUGGGGGUCAUUUCCCGGGAGCGGCCCUACAGAGAAAGAGGGCUGGCAGCCGGCCCCCAUCGCCUUCUCCCAGGAGAGAGAGAAGAAAGACACCCAACCCUCAGUGCUUCCUUCAGAACAAUGGCUGAAUUCAUGGACUAUACCUCAAGUCAGUGUGGGAAAUAUUAUUCAUCUGUGCCAGAGGAAGGAGGGGCAACCCACGUCUAUCGUUAUCACAGAGGGAAGUCGAAGCUGCACUUGUGCUCGGACACUGGGAAUGGUCAGAGAAAAGACACCCCCCUUGGUGUCAGAGGCAUCCGUCAGACGUCAGAGUGUGCGCUAGAGGCAUCCCAGCCUGCUGAGAACAUCUCUAAGGACCUCUACAUAGAAGUAUAUCCAGGGACCUAUUCCAUCACUGUGGGUGUAAAUGACUUGACCAAGAAGACUUACAUGGUAGCAGUUGAUUCAGGACAAAGUGUGGACUUGGUCUUCCCCAUAUGAUGUUGACCAUCACAGACAUCGCCUUUUUCUUGUUUGUUUUUUAAGUAUCAAGAAGAAUAAAGCUACCAUUAUAUCCUCUUAAAGUUUACACAUUAAUCCUGCUUUUAAUGCUGACUGUAGAGGGUCAGCCUUCCUAGGAACUGGAGUUUGUCUCUUUCAGUGCCUAUUUUAACUUGAAAGUCCCUUCACCCUCUUCUGCCUGAAGUAAUAAUGUAAUGAUGCUGUCUGAAUAGUUUUUACUGCUUGCUUUCCAAGUAAAGGUUAAUUAUGAUAAUAAAGUGAGAAAUUUGGAAAUGAAGAGAA